AUGUCGCUGCCGCCCUAUUUGUUGGGGCCAAACCCCUGGGCCACCAUGAUGGCUCAACAGCAGUUGGCGGCAGCGCAGCAAGCGGCUUUGCAAGCGCACGCUGCCGCCGCUGCCGUUGCGCCUCCCGUGCCGCCUUCACAGCCACCAAAACCACACCAUAUACCCGAAGAAAAAAUAAAAGAGAAGGCUCAAAAAUGGCUGCAACUACAAUCAAAACGGUUUGCCGAAAAGCGCAAAUUUGGAUUCGUGGACGCGCAAAAAGAGGAUAUGCCACCUGAGCACAUCAGAAAGAUCAUUAGGGACCAUGGUGAUAUGACAAGCCGAAAAUACCGUCAUGACAAAAGAGUAUAUCUUGGGGCUUUGAAAUAUAUGCCACAUGCAGUUAUGAAGCUAUUGGAAAAUAUGCCAAUGCCGUGGGAACAGAUCAGGGAUGUCAAUGUUCUGUAUCACAUCACGGGGGCUAUCACAUUUGUGAAUGAGAUUCCAUGGGUAAUUGAGCCUGUAUACAUUGCUCAGUGGGGCACCAUGUGGAUCAUGAUGCGUAGAGAAAAGCGUGAUCGUAGGCACUUCAAAAGAAUGCGGUUUCCUCCAUUUGAUGAUGAGGAACCCCCGCUAGACUAUGCUGAUAACAUUUUGGAUGUGGAACCCUUAGAACCUAUCCAGAUUGAAUUAGAUCCAGAGGAAGAUGCUGCUGUGGCAUCAUGGUUUUAUGAUCACAAACCUCUUGUAGGCACGAAAUAUGUGAAUGGUUCUACAUACAGAAAGUGGAACCUGACUCUUCCACAAAUGGCAACACUUUAUCGCCUAGCCAACCAACUGUUAACAGACUUGGUGGAUGACAACUAUUUCUAUCUUUUUGAUUCUAAGAGUUUCUUUACUGCCAAAGCAUUGAAUAUGGCUAUACCAGGUGGACCCAAAUUUGAGCCCCUCGUUAAAGAUAACUCUGCUGGUGACGAAGACUGGAAUGAAUUUAAUGACAUUAACAAAAUUAUUAUUCGUCAGCCAAUAAGAACUGAAUACAGAAUAGCUUUUCCAUACCUGUAUAACAAUCUGCCACAUUUUGUUCAGCUCUCCUGGUAUCAUACACCAAAUGUUGUAUACAUAAAAACCGAGGAUCCUGAUUUGCCAGCAUUCUAUUUUGACCCACUGAUCAACCCCAUCUCACACCGACAUUCUGUCAAGUCCUUGGAUCCAGUACCUGAAGAGGACGAGUUUGUACUCCCCGAGGAGGUAUCGCCGUUCCUUCAGGAGACUGCAUUAUAUACAGACAACACCGCAAAUGGAAUUGCUUUGUUAUGGGCUCCAAGGCCUUUCAACAUGAGAUCUGGGCGCUCACGUCGCGCCAUCGAUGUUCCACUAGUGAAGACAUGGUACAAGGAGCAUUGCCCUCCUGGUCAACCUGUAAAAGUCAGAGUUUCUUAUCAGAAACUGCUCAAGUAUUAUGUGCUCAAUGCAUUGAAGCACAGACCACCUAAGCCCCAGAAAAAGAGAUAUCUCUUCCGGUCAUUCAAAUCAACAAAAUUCUUCCAAACUACAACAUUGGAUUGGGUUGAAGCUGGCUUGCAAGUUUGUAGACAGGGCUACAACAUGUUAAAUCUGUUGAUUCACCGCAAGAAUCUUAACUAUCUUCAUUUAGACUACAAUUUCAAUUUGAAACCAGUGAAAACUCUCACCACAAAGGAAAGAAAGAAGUCCCGAUUUGGCAAUGCAUUCCAUUUAUGCCGCGAGAUACUACGUUUAACAAAGCUGAUCGUGGAUUCACACGUGCAAUACCGACUAAACAACGUCGACUCUUUCCAACUUGCCGAUGGUUUGCAGUACAUAUUUGCUCACGUCGGUCAACUCACUGGAAUGUAUCGCUACAAGUACAAACUCAUGAGGCAGAUACGAAUGUGCAAAGAUCUUAAGCACCUCAUCUACUACAGAUUCAACACUGGUCCCGUUUCUAAAGGGCCAGGUUGUGGUUUCUGGGCGCCUGGUUGGCGAGUUUGGCUGUUCUUCAUGCGCGGCAUAACACCCUUACUGGAGCGUUGGCUUGGCAACCUUUUGUCUCGUCAGUUCGAAGGUCGUCACUCCAAAGGUGUAGCAAAGACCGUUACAAAGCAGCGCGUGGAGUCCCACUUCGACCUGGAGUUGCGCGCAUCAGUUAUGCAUGACAUUGUUGAUAUGAUGCCGGAAGGUAUCAAGCAGAAUAAGGCCAGGACCAUACUGCAGCACUUGUCUGAAGCAUGGCGGUGCUGGAAAGCUAACAUUCCCUGGAAGGUGCCAGGGUUGCCCACGCCGAUAGAAAACAUGAUUCUGCGCUACGUAAAGAUGAAGGCCGACUGGUGGACUAACACGGCGCAUUAUAACCGCGAGAGGAUCCGUCGCGGUGCCACCGUUGACAAGACAGUCUGUAAGAAGAAUCUCGGUCGACUCACUCGUCUCUACCUUAAGGCCGAGCAGGAGCGACAGCAUAACUAUUUGAAGGAUGGACCUUAUAUUUCACCUGAAGAAGCUGUUGCGAUCUAUACUACCACUGUCCAUUGGCUUGAAUCCAGAAGAUUUGCACCAAUACCUUUCCCUCCACUGUCAUAUAAACAUGACACAAAACUAUUGAUUCUUGCUUUGGAGAGACUAAAAGAAGCUUACAGCGUAAAGUCUCGUCUGAAUCAAAGUCAGAGGGAAGAGUUGGGGCUAAUUGAACAGGCAUAUGACAACCCGCACGAGGCGUUAUCCAGGAUCAAGCGUCAUUUGCUAACACAAAGGACUUUUAGAGAGGUGGGUAUUGAGUUUAUGGAUCUCUACUCGCAUCUAGUGCCCGUUUACGAUGUUGAGCCUCUGGAGAAGAUCACUGAUGCCUACCUCGACCAGUACUUGUGGUACGAGGCAGAUAAACGCCGUCUACUCCCGCCGUGGGUUAAACCGGCCGAUACAGAGCCAUCACCACUUCUGGUCUACAAAUGGUGUCAAGGCAUCAACAACUUGCAAGAUGUUUGGGAGGUGGGAGAGGGCGAAUGCAACGUCCUUCUAGAGUCCCGCUUUGAGAAGCUCUAUGAGAAGAUCGAUCUCACGCUACUCAAUCGGCUGCUGCGGCUGAUAGUAGAUCACAACAUCGCCGAUUAUAUGACCGCCAAGAACAACGUCGUAAUCAAUUACAAGGACAUGAACCACACAAACUCCUACGGUAUCAUCCGCGGCUUGCAAUUCGCCUCGUUCAUCGUGCAAUACUACGGUCUGGUGCUAGAUCUUCUGGUGCUGGGCCUGCAGCGCGCCAGCGAAAUGGCCGGCCCACCCCAACUGCCCAACGACUUCCUCUCCUACCAGGACAGGCAGACAGAAGUCACACAUCCGAUUCGACUCUACUGCAGAUAUAUCGACAGGAUCCAUAUAUAUUUCAGGUUUAGCGCGGAGGAGGCGCGCGAUCUGAUACAGCGCUACUUAACAGAACACCCGGAUCCUAACAAUGAAAACAUUGUCGGAUAUAACAACAAGAAAUGCUGGCCUAGAGAUGCCCGUAUGCGUCUUAUGAAACAUGAUGUCAAUCUAGGUCGUGCGGUAUUCUGGGACAUAAAGAAUCGUCUGCCCCGCUCAGUUACCACAAUCCAAUGGGAAAACAGUUUCGUGUCUGUAUACUCGAAGGAUAACCCCAACCUACUUUUCAACAUGGCUGGCUUUGAAUGCAGAAUUUUGCCCAAGUGUCGUAGCCAGCACGAGGAAUUGUCCCAUCGCGAUGGCGUGUGGAACCUUCAGAACGAGGUAACGAAAGAGCGCACCGCCCAGUGCUACCUUCGCGUGGAUGACGAGUCGCUGGCGCGGUUCCACAACCGCGUGCGCCAGAUCCUCAUGGCCUCCGGUUCCACCACCUUCACCAAGAUCGUAAACAAGUGGAACACCGCACUCAUUGGCCUUAUGACAUACUUCCGUGAGGCCGUGGUAAACACGCAAGAGCUAUUGGACCUGCUAGUGAAAUGCGAGAACAAAAUACAGACCCGUAUCAAGAUCGGUCUCAACUCUAAAAUGCCAUCGCGUUUCCCGCCCGUCGUCUUCUACACACCGAAGGAGCUGGGCGGACUUGGAAUGUUGUCUAUGGGUCACGUGCUUAUACCACAGUCUGAUCUUCGUUGGUCGAAGCAAACGGACGUGGGCAUCACCCACUUCCGUUCCGGUAUGUCACACGACGAGGACCAGCUUAUUCCCAACUUGUACCGUUACAUCCAACCGUGGGAGGCGGAGUUUGUCGACUCGCAACGCGUCUGGGCUGAAUACGCGCUUAAGAGGCAGGAAGCCAACGCCCAAAACAGGCGUUUGACUCUUGAAGACUUGGAAGACUCAUGGGACAGGGGCAUCCCAAGGAUCAACACGCUGUUCCAAAAGGACCGACACACAUUGGCCUACGACAAGGGAUGGCGUAUCCGUACUGAGUUUAAACAGUAUCAGGUUUUGAAACAGAAUCCAUUCUGGUGGACGCAUCAGCGGCACGACGGCAAACUCUGGAACUUGAACAAUUACCGUACCGACAUGAUACAAGCCCUCGGAGGAGUAGAAGGCAUCCUUGAACACACCCUCUUCAAAGGCACCUACUUCCCUACAUGGGAGGGUUUGUUCUGGGAGAAAGCAUCCGGUUUCGAGGAGUCGAUGAAGUAUAAGAAGCUCACAAACGCACAGCGUUCCGGUCUGAACCAAAUCCCGAAUCGUCGUUUUACACUAUGGUGGUCACCAACAAUCAACAGGGCUAAUGUGUACGUCGGUUUCCAGGUGCAACUGGAUUUAACGGGUAUUUUCAUGCACGGCAAAAUACCUACACUGAAAAUUUCGCUAAUCCAGAUAUUCAGAGCUCACUUGUGGCAGAAGGUGCAUGAGUCGAUCGUAAUGGAUUUGUGUCAGGUAUUCGAUCAAGAGUUAGAUGCACUGGAAAUCGAGACAGUCCAAAAGGAAACAAUCCAUCCCCGAAAGUCUUACAAAAUGAAUUCAUCGUGCGCGGACAUUCUGCUCUUCUCGGCGUACAAGUGGAACGUGUCUCGGCCUUCUCUACUCGCCGACUCCAAGGACACAAUGGACAACACAACUACUCAGAAGUACUGGCUGGAUAUCCAACUGCGCUGGGGCGACUACGAUUCUCACGAUGUGGAGCGAUACGCUCGUGCAAAGUUUCUGGACUACACCACAGACAACAUGUCCAUCUACCCAUCCCCCACCGGGCUGCUUAUCGCCAUCGAUCUCGCGUACAAUCUCCACAGCGCCUAUGGCAACUGGUUCCCUGGCUGCAAGCCGCUGAUCCAACAAGCGAUGGCGAAGAUCAUGAAGGCUAAUCCAGCCUUGUACGUACUCCGUGAACGUAUACGCAAAGCCUUGCAACUGUAUUCCUCUGAGCCGACAGAACCCUAUCUUUCGAGUCAGAAUUAUGGAGAGUUGUUCUCUAAUCAAAUUAUUUGGUUCGUGGACGACACAAAUGUAUACCGUGUCACGAUUCACAAGACUUUUGAAGGCAAUCUUACAACCAAGCCCAUUAAUGGCGCCAUUUUCAUCUUCAAUCCGCGCACUGGUCAACUGUUCCUCAAAAUCAUCCACACCAGCGUAUGGGCUGGGCAGAAGCGUUUGGGACAGCUCGCCAAAUGGAAGACCGCCGAAGAAGUUGCCGCUUUAAUUAGAUCUCUGCCCGUGGAAGAGCAACCGAAACAAAUUAUCGUCACCAGAAAAGGAAUGUUGGAUCCUUUGGAGGUCCAUUUACUCGACUUCCCGAACAUCGUGAUUAAAGGAUCGGAACUGCAGCUACCGUUCCAAGCUUGCCUUAAAGUGGAGAAAUUUGGUGACUUGAUAUUGAAAGCCACAGAACCUCAGAUGGUACUAUUUAACCUUUACGACGACUGGCUAAAGACUAUUUCUUCAUACACCGCAUUCAGUAGAUUGAUUCUGAUUCUUCGCGCGUUGCACGUGAACACCGAGCGUACCAAGGUCCUCUUAAAACCAGACAAGACCACACUCACUGAGCCACACCAUAUCUGGCCAACUCUAUCUGAUGAUGACUGGAUAAAAGUGGAGGUUCAACUCAAGGACCUAAUACUUGCCGAUUACGGCAAAAAGAAUAACGUGAACGUGGCUUCCCUCACGCAAUCCGAGAUCCGCGACAUCAUACUGGGCAUGGAGAUAUCCGCGCCGUCAGCGCAGCGGCAGCAGAUAGCCGAGAUCGAGAAGCAGAGCAAGGAGCAGAGCCAGCUCACCGCCACCACCACGCGCACCGUAAACAAGCACGGCGACGAAAUCAUCACGUCCACCACCAGUAACUACGAGUCGCAGACCUUCAGUUCCAAGACUGAAUGGCGUGUUCGUGCCAUCUCGGCGACAAACUUACAUUUGCGUACAAAUCACAUUUAUGUCAGCUCAGAUGAUAUAAAAGAGAGUGGCUACACUUACAUCUUGCCAAAGAACCUCCUCAAGAAGUUUGUCACUAUAUCGGACCUCAGGGCUCAGAUCGCGUGCUACCUUUACGGGACAUCGCCUCCGGACAACCCUAUGGUGCGCGAGGUGCAGUGCGCUGUGGUGCCACCGCAGUGGGGCACCCACCAGCAGGUGCACCUGCCGCGCCAGCUGCCCCGCCACCCAGCCCUCGCCCACCUGCAGCCGCUUGGCUGGAUGCACACACAGCCCAACGAGCUGCCGCAGCUCUCGCCCCAGGACAUCACGACGCACGCGAAAAUCAUGGCCGAAAACACGUCAUGGGAUGGAGAGAAGACAAUUAUCAUCACUUGCUCUUUCACACCUGGUUCCUGCUCCCUCACUGCAUACAAACUCACACCAAGCGGAUAUGAAUGGGGAGCUAAAAAUACAGAUAGAGGAAAUAACCCCAAAGGGUAUCUGCCCAGCCAUUAUGAAAGAGUUCAGAUGCUGCUGUCUGAUCGAUUCCUUGGCUACUUCAUGGUACCAUCUCAAGGCAGUUGGAAUUACAAUUUCAUGGGUGUCCGGCAUGAUCCAAAUAUGAAGUAUGGAGUCCAGUUAGGCAAUCCUCGUGAAUUCUAUCAUGAAGUGCACAGGCCUGCCCAUUUUAUGAACUUUGCGGCUAUGGAAGAUGCCACAGCUCCAACCCUCGCUGCUGAUAGAGAAGACGUCUUCGCU